CAGACCAUAGAUGACGCAACUUAUGAGGCGCAACUUGUCUCCGAGAUGGAUCGUCUCCGCUCUCGGAUCAACGACGCGGCCGUAUGCCAACUUGCGUCCAGGCUGAAUGGCGGUCGGAAUUGCAGAAUCGAGCACUCGUCCGUGGUUGGACCGGGCGCUCUCAUGGGAAACGCCAACUACCAUGCGCGUAUACGCUUCCAGGACGGCUCCCCCUCGUGGCUCCUUCGAGUGCCGCGAGUGACGGGAUUUGCUGUUAGUCUACCCAUCCCGUUGGCGGACUAUCUGAUAGCUAGCGAGUACGCGACGUUGAAGUUUCUCGAAACCACUGCUGUGCCGGCACCUCGAGCAUUCGACUAUGGCGUAUGCAGCAACGGGACAGAUCAUGGUGUCGGCGUGGCCUUUCUUCUUAUGGAGGAGCUGCCAGGAAGACCCUGGAUAGGCCAAGGUGUGUCGGGUCCAACGGCCACAGACGACGAAAAGGCAAGGAUUUGGAGUGACCUCGCCGAGAUCUUGGCUGAGCUAGAACAUUACCCGUUUCCCAAAGCUGGGUCGCUGUGCUACCAGUCAUGCAACAUUCAAGUCUCAGCUGUAGCAAGCGACAGGUUCGUCGUCCUCACUCCUCACGGCCCAUUUGAUAACUCGACAGCAUAUUAUACUGCCUUUGCCGAGCAGUACUUGGCAUUGAUUGCAGAUGGUCAACUCUACACCGAGUUUCCCAUCGAUGCGUACCUCGUGUACCGCUUUCUGAAAGACAACGUCUCACAGCUAGUCGAACACGGCGGCGAAGCGAAGCCUUUGGAGGACUUCUUCCUAAAGCACGUCGACGACAAAGGCGACCACUUACUUGUCGAUGACGACUUGCACAUCACGGGCAUUAUUGACUGGCAGAUGGCACGUGUCGUGCCGCGACGUGAAGCCUUUGGUCCGUCGCUUGUUACUGCCGACAUGAAUGCGUUGUGUGGUGGAAAGGUUUCGCUCAGUGCCGAUGAUGUUGCUUUGAUGGAUGCGCUGCGGCAAAAGGGCCUCUCUUGGAUGACCAAGUGCGCAGUUGACGAGAAAGCUAGGAGGUUCUUCUGGGGCCUGGCCUUGGAAUCCGAAUGGUUGGAUGCCUUGCCAUUGGCGAUUGCGAUACUGCAAGUCUUUGGGGUCAGCCAAGAUUGGGAGCAGUGGAGGGAGACGGCAUUGAAGGAGUACGAGAGUGACGAACGCCUAAAAGGCCUUGUUGAGCGUUGUCGCCCCUGA